AUGGCAGACGGUAUGUCUCCUUUUGACUACCAGGAUGAGCACAGCAGCAUACCCAUCCUGGAUUACUGGAGGUUUGACAUUCCGCUGCGGAAAGACCAGGACAUGAUCUAUUGGCCAACCGUGAACAGCAUGGAAUGGCCCUAUGGCACCAAAGGACCUGUUCUGAACAUCAGUCAAUGGUCAGGUGAGAGGUUGCUGCCCAUUCUGCCUUUGGAGCGCCACCGGGCGGCGGCCGCGGGCGUCAGCGCCGCUGCUCCGGUGCCCCGCGGCGCCGUCAACGCGACGGGGGCGCUGUUGACUGUUGCAGCGGUGCUGGGAGCGCGGCGAUGGCAGCGGCUUCGUUUGCGGGCUGUUCCUGCACAAGGCGAAGAUGGAUCGAAAGGAAAGGUCCUUGAGGUGCGAGCUGGACGGAUCCGUCGCAAACCCUCAGACGAAGAAGAGAGUACCCAGGACUGGUUUGAUUUCGACCGUGAUCUUGAAGGCCUCAAGACCAUAUUCUUGGGCAAUCCUUUGAACGUGAUGCUUGUUUUUACUCCGCUUGGCCUAGCCUCGCAAAGUCUUGGCUGGGGCGAAGUGGCCACAUUUGGACUCUGCUUUCUAGCGAUCGUGCCCCUGGCGAAAUUGCUGGGCGAGGCGACCGAACAGCUGUCCUGCUCUGUGGGGCAAACUCUUGGAGGUCUGCUGAACGCGACCUUUGGCAAUGCUGUUGAAAUGAUCAUAUCUGUUUUCGCACUCCGCGAAGGGCUGACGGAGGUCGUCAAAGGGAGCUUGGUUGGUAGCAUUAUUUCAAAUUUGCUGCUGGUUCUUGGAAUGUGUUUUUUCUUUGGGGGACUGAACUACCAGACUCAGCGCUUCAAUGCGAAUGGAGCACGGACUCAGUACUCCCUCCUCUUGCUGGCCAUCUUGGCCCUCGUCAUCCCCACUGUGGUGCUGCUCACGGGUGUUCGACCGGAGAGCGAGUUGCUGAUCUCUAGAGGAUGUGCUAUCGUCCUUGCUGUGCUCUAUAUAUGCUAUUUGAUCUUCCAACUGGUCACUCACAAGGAUGAGUUUGCAGCGGCGGAAACGGAAGAUGAUUGCGAAGAGGAGGCUGAGCCGAGCUUAUCCCCAGGGACUGCAGUGGCUUUGCUGGUGGCGGCCACGUUGCUGGUGGCGCCGCUCUCUGAGGCUCUCACAGGUUCCGUGGAAGGAGUGACGAAGACGUUGAAUAUCUCAGAUGCCUUCGUGGGCGUGGUGUUGCUUCCCAUUGUGGGGAAUGCAGCGGAACACCUGACGGCUGUCACCGUGGCGACGAAAGACAAGAUGGAUUUAUCUCUGGGAGUGGCUCUCGGAAGCAGUACACAAAUUGCGUUGUUCGUGGUACCCUUUACCGUGAUCAUCGGUUGGAUCCUGGGCGUCCCGAUGGAUUUGAACUUCCGAUCGCUGGACGUUUCCAUCUUGCUCCUGACUGUUCUGAUAGUUGGGAGCACCAUCGUCGAUGGUGAGUCGAACUGGCUAGAGGGUGCUGCACUCAUGAGCGCAUACAUGCUCAUAGCUGUGUCCCUUUGGUAUUUGUAG